UAAUAAACAACUUCUCCUGGCAGAAAAUGCGCGACCAGAUCGCGAACAGAACGGCGGAGUGGAAAGAUACCGCGAUCUCCGCAUACCACCAGGCGAAAAACCACACCGCAACGGCUUUCCAAGCCGCGAAGGACAACACAAGGAAAUUCUUGGCCGACACAAGGCAGAACAUCGGGCGGAAGUGGGAAAAAUUCACGGAUUGGAUGCGCGGAGCAGGAGGUCAGUAUAGUAGAUCUAUUCUCACAAGAGAAGAAGAACUCCAGAACGAGCUAGAGUUGAACAGAACCUUAAGCACAAAUUCCACUGCAUCCGUGUGGCAAAAUGUGAAAAACAUUUGGAAUGCCGGGUUUGGGAAGAUCAAAAAGUUUCUCUCCAACUCCAUCACCGACUACUGGCACGCCUACAUUUACCCAGCUGCGAUCUCCUGGAUCGUUUUGUUUCUCGCGGACAUGGAUCCACGGCAAAUAUGUCUGGAUCUGGAAGGUUGCAACUUGUGAUGCUGUCUCUGGAUUCGAAAAAAAUCUGUAUUGCACCAUGACCAGCAAGAGAGGUCCAGUUCUUUGCGCUACGCGGAGAGGGCAUUUCUCAUGCAGAAUAGGCAUAAAGAUAAAGAAGCAAGCCCUCUACACAUCAUCUGUCACGCUAAGCCCUGCAUUACAGGCAUCAGGGAGCAUGCGAAAUAUGCACGACAGACCUUCUUGCAUCCUUCCAGGCACAGACAUAUUUGCAAUGCAUAACAUGGUGGAGUUGGCGCUCUCCGGUCUCACGUUCAUCCCGCUCGUCCAGUGGGUGAUCGUCGGGUUUCUGGAGGCGGCGGUGUCCGGCGCGAUCAUGGUUUUGCUCAAGGAAAACGAAGUUUUGUUGAAGCAAAAGUUCGCAGCUGCGGUGGACGCGUUGUGUCUAUCCAGUGCAAAAGUAUCGUACUCGUAUUGCAAUCAUGCAUUACAAAAGUUUUUCUCAAGGUAUAGGUAAAUCCGCAUUACAAAUUUUCAUUUCUCAUGCUGAGGAAAUUUGUAAUGCAGUUACACGAGUACGAUACUUUUGCAGUUCAUAGUGUCUGACGAACGAAAACAUUGGGAACUUUUUCGUGAAACUCGGCAACAAAAUCUCCCAGUCGAAGGAAACAUUCGACUGGGUCUUCAAUUUGGUGAAAGACGCUGUAAAGGAAAGGGCGUACGAUUUCGCGGAAAAAGUGCAGACGGUGGCGAAAAGCGGGAUGGAACUGACGGUCAAUGCCGUUUGGAGAAUCAUCCCAACGUGGCAGAAACAGUGUCCAGCAGUGGGUGACUAUGAGGAAGCUGGCGGUCGUUCUGGCACUAGUACUACUUCUUCCACUAAUGCAAAUACAUCCAAUUCUGCGAGGGGGGGGCCAGUUACUUCUAGUUCGUUUUCUGAGAUGAAAAUUGACUCCACCUUUCUCCAAAGCGGGGAGAUAACUACGCAGUUUGAACUGACGCCGACGGGGAGCGCCGUGAUUACGGAUGGACCGGUGCCAAAGCUGUCGAACCAAUGCGCACCGGACGCGGACGCGCCGGCUAAGCAGUCGUUUUUCCAGAAUUUUCUCACCACGGUGACAAUGCUGCAGGACAACGCGAGGCAGCUGUUUUCUGCUGGCAUCGCUAAAGCGAAGGAAAUCUCGCAAAUGUUGACGACCUCCGAUGGCCUGGCGCAGCUCAAAACUUCGAUCGUCUCCACACUAAAACACGCGAGCCAGUUUGUUUUCGACAAACUGCAGUCCUUCGUCGACAAAACGGGCGGAAUCCUGAUCCAGGGCAUGGGCGCGGAGGUGGCAAACAACCUCGCGCGGCGCAGUGCCAACCUGAUGGUGAACAGCGUGCAGGUGAUUACCGGCGCCACCGGGUUUGUGCACGGUACGGUGGCCACCGCGUCCUUUGCGGCCCUGGGGCCGGUGCUGCGGGCCGCGCUGGAUGCGGCGCUGCAGCAGCUGGUGC